AUGAAUGGUGAUGAGUGUUUCAGAGGCUCCUACUUCGUUCUCGCUAUUCUUUUCUUGAACAGCGGCUUAACGGGAAUCAGUGCCAUACUGUUGGGUACGAAACGUUUGCUCGAUGUAGCUGACGGGGAAGAUUUCAUCGAUCACCAUGAAUGUGUGCUCAAUAUGCCAAUCCUUCUUUUCUCAACCUAUUUUCUGAACGGAGUGAGUUUGUUGAUAAACAGCGUUGAAAGGCUUUGUGUCGUCGCAUUACCAAUAUAUUAUUAUACUAACAGUAUACGAAUAAAUUAUGCAUUAAUUGUCAUACAAUAUACAAUUACAAUCAUUGCAAUAACUGUUACGGCAGUUGCAAGUUUAAUUGAGCCAUCUCGACGCAUAUCUAACUUUUGCAUGAUACAAGAGGUGUAUUCACAUCACUUUUUUAAAGCAUUAAUAUUGCUGUCUUCUUUGGCUUCAUUGAUGAGUGUUGUCAUUAUGGUGGUUGUUGUUGUGAUCCUGAAAAAUUCUUGUGGUGGCACCGUCAGUACUGGAAAAUAUUUACGAAGAGGAUCCUUUCAUCGUGUCGCAAAUCAUUGUGAUCUGCUGCGUGCAUUUGCGUAUACUGAAUUCCCUCAACAUGGUUGUGCUCUUUAUAUAUCGUCAAAGGGAUUUUCGGCAUGUUGCAAUUCGAUGUUUCAAAUACGUACUUUGUAA